UUCCCUCAUUCUAAUUUCGCUCUCCGCUGACACCAGGUGAAGGCAGUCCCACACGCAACAGAAUGAGGAUCGGUGAUAAACAGAUUGAUUUGCUAAUGCUGGGUCUGCUAACAAUAGUUCUGCUAACUGGUUUCACCAGUGCCAAAGAUGGCUUCCAGUGCUUUAGAAAAAAAUUCCCGGGUAAAACGUGCAGAACACCCCUAACCCGCUACUACUACGAUUUACCUGAAAACCUGUGCCAUACGUUCAAGUGGGGCGGUUGCAAAGAUCCAGAUAGUUCCACGUCCGUGAAUCGCUUUCUGACUAAGACAGAAUGUGAGAAGAAGUGUAGAAUGUAUCAAGUGCAUGAAAUCAGUUUAUUAUUUAAAUAAACCAAUCCAAUCAGUGCUACGAUGCGCAGAUUAAUUUGUGUUAAGCCUAGUUUCCUGAUAUCGUUGCUUCAAUCUGUAAUUUUUCGGAGUUUCCAACAAGAAUAACAC